UUGAAAUUCGAUAAUAAAAAAAAACGGAAAAAAAAGAAGCCCGGUCGAGGGCAAACGAACGAACGAUCUGAAGAGAGGGCAUCUCACUGGAACCUUAAACCCUUGCUUCCUCCUCCUGGAUCACCACACCCUCUCUCUCUCUGUCUCUCUCUCUCUAACCACUUAGGUUUCAGUUUUACGAUUCGUUUGCUAAUUUCUCUACCCUUCACAGCUGGGUCUUCGCAUCAAUGGCGUACAGGCGUAGUAUCUCAACAAGAUUCACCCUCCUCGCUCGAGAACGUUUCACCCCAUCAAUUCCACUCAUUCAUCGCGACGACAAUGAUCACAAAUCCCACCAAAAAGAUCGAAAUUUUAACACUCUCCAUCAACACCAAUCCUUCGGAAGCCGAAUCAACACUUUUGCAGGGUUUAAUACUUCAUUUCAAGACCAGAGAUGGUCUCAAUUCUCUAUUUCUCCGAUGCUGGGAUCGGUUUUGGGUAGGCACAUGUCCACGGCUGUCGGCGAAGGGGCUGACAAAAUUGAGUAUACGGCCGAUGUUGCCGAAGUGCUUGCCGAUAAAACUGCUGAGGUUGUGGCUUCUGCUGCCCCUGCUGCGAAUGAAGUUGCGAUUGCCGCUGCGGAUUCCGCUUUUCCUGUGGCAGCUUUGCAGUAUUUGAUCGACAAUGUUCAUUCGUUUACAGGAUUUGAAUGGUGGGCAUCCAUAGUUGUGACGACUCUUCUCAUUCGAGGGGCAACAAUUCCACUUUUGAUAAACCAGCUCACGUCUACUACAAAAUUGAGUCUUUUGAGGCCACAAUUGGAGGAGAUUAAGCAAGAGAUGCAAGAUAGGGGCAUGGAACCUAAAGCUGUGGCUGAAGGUCAGCAACGAAUGCAGGCACUAUUUAAGGAAUACGGUGUUACUCCAUUUACACCAUUAAAGGGUCUCCUUUUCCAAGGUCCUGUCUUCGUCAGUUUUUUCCUUGCUAUUUCAAACAUGGUAGAAAAAGUUCCUUCAUUCAAACAUGGUGGAGCAUACUGGUUUACAGAUUUGACAACUCCAGAUAGUAUGUAUAUCUUUCCAGUUUUGACAGCACUGUCAUUCUGGAUAACAGAGGAGUGCAACAUGCAAGAAGGUAUGGAAGGUAAUCCUGCUGCUAAAACCAUGAAAAAUGUUUCAAGGGUCUUUGCUAUUGUUACAGUUCCACUUACGAUGACUUUCCCGAAGGCUAUAUUUUGUUAUUGGAUAACUUCCAACCUGUUCUCGCUUACGUAUGGAUUAGGUGAGUCUUUCUGGUUCACAAUCAUUAUGAAAUGUUUCAAUAUUUUGCUACACUCAUACUAGCCUAGCAAAUAGGAAGAAAUAUGUUCAACAGUAAACCUGUGCUAGGAACACACAAGAUUUUCCCAUUCUGUGCUCCUGGGGUGGGUGGGCCUAGGAUCAAUUCUCGAUUAUUCAAAAAAAAAUAAUAAUAAUUGAGUUGUUGGCUAAUGUAAAUGUCAUAUAAAUCUUCUAUUUUUUUGUUUCCACUCUUGCAAUUCAUUGUAACUUGUUUAAUGAUAGUGGUAAUUCCAUAA